GCGGGCGAUUUGAAUUCGGGCUGAUUUGACGGCCGGCGUGGGGAAAUGGGAAAGGGAGGUGCCCUCUUUUAGUGCCUGAUUGGUUUUGACUGUCUGUUGGGAAUUUUAGUGUCAAAAAGCCUUACGUUUCGUAUAAGGGUGGGAGAAAGAUGGCCAGACAUCUUUUGCUUUUGAUCAAAGUCAAAGUUACGAUUUCCCAGUUGUUGUUUGCUUUGGUUUGAUGAAUCUCUUAGCUGCUGCCGCACGGAAAUUUAGCUACUUUAUUAUGAUCUUCUGAGCAGUGUGGUGUUGAGGAGAUGUCAUAGGGGAGGUGGUGAGGGCGAUUGUAACCGCAUGAUUCGAAUUUGGGUGAUUCCUUCUAGACUAUUGCCAGGAUCUUAUUCAAUUCUCAGUUUCAUAGAAGAAUAAGAACUCUGGGGCAUUGCACUAAUAUGACCAUGAAAUUACCAAGAGCGUUGCACACUGUACUGUAACCCAACCAGCCACAAGCUCAGUAGACGAAAUAACUUGUUCAAGUUAUGGCCAAAAGUUAGUUUGGUUAUUUCCUGGUAAAUAACAGUCCGUGGCUGAUGGUACCUUCAUAGUUCUUUGUUUUAUAUAAAGUUCAGAUGCCUUUUUUGUCUAUGUGGACUUGUUGUAAUAGUAUGUGAGCUGUCCUUUACAAUGCGAUCCUGUUAAGCAGUCAGAUAGUGUUCCUCUAUCAGUAUUUCAUAGUGAUGCGUGGAUUUUCAUUUGCUUGAUUGACAAAUAACUAUCGAUUGUUUAUUUACUUGAUUGACUAGUAACUGGAGUCUCCUAUAGUUCUACCAAAUACCAAUGUAUAGUGUAAACUGUGUAACGUUUUCCUCCCAGCUUAUAAGCUCACUGCCUGCACAUUUUAAAACGAGUUCCAAGAAUAUUUCGUAUAAUGACAUAAAAAAAUCCAGUUAUGCUUUCUAAUAUCAUGCUUACCUGUUUCUUGUUUUCAGGCCACUUCCCUCUUACCAUUUUAUGUUUAUACCAAGCAUGAAAGAGGGUAUAUUAAGGGGAGGGAGAGAACAUUAAUAAAGUUAGAAGUUCUUACUCGUAACCAGUUACUCCCUCCGUCGUGUUUAUUAGGCCACCGGGCCGAAGUGCUGAGACCAAGGCACAACACGUGCGGUUGUGCAGUUUUGAAUCGGCCCUAUUAGGAUGCAUCGGUUAGCGGCAUUAAUUAGUGAAACCGUCUCACCUCCCUCAUGAAUGUAGUGACUGGGGAUUUAUUUUCCUCAGUCAGUGGAUGGAACGAGCAACGGAAUUUGCACUACUUAAUUACAGCGCGCCUAAUACGAACGCGGCUCGCUGGUUCUCUGGCCUAAUAAAUGCGGGCGGAGGAAGUAUUUGACUUUCUAUUAGUGCCCCAUGAAAAGUUCUAAGUAGCCAAUAUAUUUUGCUUGCAUCCAACUUCACACUGAAUGUGCAGUCUAGAGUCAAGAUAUUCAUCAUUGAUGCUUGUUCAUGGGCCUCAUAUUGUUAUUAGGGUUUAUGCUUUGUUGCUUGGAUUUCUUUUUUCUGUCAUUAUCAUCUGAAGCUAAUGCACUCUUGAUAUACUUUAUUAGAAUAUGUUUCUGUCAUUACACUCUGAAACUAAUGCACUUCUUCCUUAAUCUUGUUCUUGUUCUAGAGUGCAAUAGCUUCCAUUUUUAAUGACUUCCUGCUAUUUUUUCAUGCCUCCAGAAUGUGGAAAGUACAUGUUGGAACCAUCAAAGGUAAAAAUCGAAGCAGAAGAAUGUGAUACCUAUGAGGAAACCGGUGAGGAGCCUGUAGCUAUGAUAGAAGAAUCUCCACCUGAUAUUGGACAAGAUGGUGAGGAUGGAGAAAACAGUGACUCAUCCUGGAAUAUGGAGUGUAAUCAGGUUUUGAGAGUGAAAUCUAUCUAUAUCAGCUCUGCAAUUCUAGCAGCAAAAAGUCCCUUUUUUUACAAGCUUUUCUCAAAUGGCAUGAAAGAAUCCGAUCAGAGGCAUGCUACUCUUAGAAUAACUACUUCAGAGGAAAGUGCCCUUAUGGAGCUUUUAAGCUUUAUUUACAGUGGAAAGUUGACGACAAAUGAGCCAACCCUUCUGCUUGAUAUCUUGAUGAUAUCUGAUAAAUUUGAAGUUGUUUCUUGCAUGAGACACUGCAGUCAAUUGCUAAGGAGCUUACCUAUGACCACAGAAUCUGCACUUCUCUAUCUAGAUCUGCCUUCCAGCAUUUCAAUGGCUGCAGCAGUUCAGCCACUGACUGAUGCUGCCAAGGAAUUCCUCGCUAACAAAUACAAGGAUCUGACCAAGUUUCAGGAUGAAGUGAUGAACAUUCCCCUUGCUGGGAUUGAAGCCAUCCUAUGUAGUAAUGACCUUCAGGUGGCAUCAGAGGAUGCAGUCUAUGACUUUGUGAUCAAGUGGGUUCGUGCUCAGUACCCAAGAACGGAAGAAAGACGUGAAAUCUUGGGUACUCGCUUGCUGCCGCUCGUUCGGUUCUCUCAUAUGACCUGCAGGAAGUUGCGGAAGGUCCUUGCGUGCAGUGAUCUGGAUCAUGAGCAAGCAUCUAAAAGUGUCACUGACGCACUCCUGUACAAAGCUGAUGCACCACAUCGACAGCGCGCCCUUGCUGCAGAUGUGUUGACUUGUAGGAAAUAUACUGAACGAGCUUACAAGUAUCGCCCGCUUAAGGUGGUGGAAUUUGAUCAACCAUAUCCUCAGUGCAUAGCAUACUUGGAUCUGAAGCGUGAGGAGUGUAGCCGACUUUUCCCUUCCGGGCGGAUUUACUCGCAAGCAUUCCAUCUCGCUGGACAGGGAUUCUUCCUGUCAGCACAUUGCAACAUGGAUCAGCAAAGUGCUUUCCACUGCUUUGGUCUCUUCUUAGGGAUGCAAGAGAAGGGCUCAUCGAGUGUUACCGUGGACUAUGAGUUUGCUGCAAGGACAAGGCCAUCGGGCGAUUUUGUCAGCAAGUACAAGGGCUACUACACCUUCACUGGUGGAAAGGCAGUUGGCUACCGGAAUCUCUUCGCGAUUCCAUGGCCGUCGUUUAUGGCUGAUGACAGCCUCUUCUUCAUCGAUGGAGUACUACAUCUGAGAGCGGAACUGACCAUAAAGCAAUCAUAGAUAGUGGAAAAUCUUGUGUGGUUCAAACAUGUUUUUCCUAAGCACCAAAAUAGACACAUUUGAACCGAGAAGCAAAAUCUGUGAACUGUGAAAGCUGAAAAGCAACAUCUUAUGAACUGUGAAGGUGUAGUUGCGCCACAUGCGUUUUUUUUUCUUAAUGCGUAGCACUACAUGAGUUAAAUUUGCU